CAUUACUCUUCUCCCGCCCCGCAUCCACCAUUGCUAACCCCUGCGCGACGUACAGAAUUUCAAUCGCGACUAGAUUCACCGUCCCGCUUGACCUUCCGCUCUUUACGUUCGUUCGGUCGAGGCAAGUCUGAUUCAGAUCGCCCGGGAAGUACCUUGUCAAACUACACCGACGGUACUCACAGUGCCCGACAACGCGCCCCGUCUACCGUAGCCAGUUCUGUUCAUUCCGGCCACCCAGACGUGCUGUCGCACUCCGAUAAAUCUCGCGUCAAUUUCAACUCCAGAUCUGGGAGACAUCCUACCGGUCCGAUGGAGGUUGACCGGACGCGAACCCGGAGGGAACGAACCUUUAUCGGGAGUGAAUGUGCUGUAUGUGAGGAGCCGCUCGAACAUACCCUGCGGGGAGAACGGGUGCUCCAGUUUUCCUGUAGCCACGUGUCUCACGAAGCAUGUUUCUAUGAAUACAUUCGAGAAUUUGAAUCUCAAUAUUGCCCAACAUGCAAUGCCCCAUUGGGUUUGGAUACAAGUCGUGGUGGAAAUGUUUUGGAUAUUGAGAAAAUUAGUAAUAUUGUUCGUUCUGUCACUAUGAGUGAUACUGCUACUACAAGAAGUGGUUUGACUACCCCAGCUGCUUGGGAAGCACAAUCUACUCGUCGCCCACCUAGCGAUACUGGAAGUCGCUUCAAUAAUCGCGAUCCUUCAUUCACCUCGCGCCGUGAUAGUCGCGAUACCACUGGUCAACGGGAACGCGUGGAACGUCUCACAUCGACAUCGCAAACAAAUUCGCAAACAAACCCACAUUCGCGAAACGGUAGUGCCGCUGGCUCCUCAGGCGAUUAUCAUGAGGGUCAACAUCCAAGUAGCGGCCGUCGCCACGACUAUGACGUGCAAGCAAUGGAGACUGACCUGAGCCCUCGUCCUGGUGUCGCCAAGAAUCCCAUCCCCGCUCCCAUUGUCACUGUGCGCAGUGAAUUUCCGACUAUGAACCGAUCUCGCCAGCAGCAGUCGCUUACCUGCUUGAUCACUGUGGAAGUGCCAGAGGGCAACUGGCGCCCUAAUGCCGAUGACUUGCGUACUGGCCAGUCAGGUCAACAACUUGAUGAGCCUUUCUCUGCCCGGUUUGGCGGCUCUCAGGAUGCCCGUUCUAUUCAACAGGAGCCACAGGAGCCGCAAGAGCCAGCAGAGAAUCUGGAGGAGAUCGCUGAAGAGCUGAAGAACCGAGUAGAUAACUGGCAUGGUUUGGAGUUCAACCGAUUCGGUAAACUGCGCCUGCAUGGACAAAUGCGUGUGGGCAAGGACCGAGAGUCAUGGCAGGAGCUGGAAUGUUAUCUAUUUGCUGAGAUGCUCAUCUGUGUCAAGGAAAAGAAGGGCGCGCAUGCCAAUCAGCAAUACGACGAAUCAGAACGACGGAAGCGCAGUCGCUGCACCCUCAAGGGUUCAAUUCUGAUCAAGAAGCACCUGAAGUCCCUUGAAGCAGGUGCUGACGACCCCAUCCUUUCUUUGAACCUCUCCGUCAGCGAGCUACCCUACUUUUACUUGCGCUUCCAGUCUCGCCAACAGCUGGAGAUGUGGCGCCGGGCUUUGAUGGACCUCCACCCUGUGGAGAAUCUUUCCCGUAACCACGAAUACGACCAGGACCACUCUGGUGCCGAGGAGGACGAAUACCGCAACAGCCGCGUCCAACGCCAGGCCUCCAUCAACUCAUCCUAUGGAGGAGGCAAGUCCAGCAACACUGCCAUGACUGACUACACUAACCCCGACGGGGAAUCCCCUUCAAUCGACUCCUUCCACGUUCCCAUUGAUAUCGUCCUGGUCAUCCCAGUUUCAUCCUCUAUGCAGGGUCUCAAGAUCACCUUGUUACGCGAUGCUUUGAAGUUCCUUGUCAUGAAUCUGGGCCCUCGGGACCGUAUGGGAUUAGUUACGUUUGGCUCAAGUGGUGGCGGUGUGCCUCUAGUGGGAAUGACCACCAAGAACUGGACUGGAUGGAACAAGAUUCUCGAUUCGAUCCGCCCUGUUGGCCAGAAGAGUCUCCGUGCUGAUGUCGUGGAGGGUGCUAACGUGGCGAUGGACCUUCUGAUGCAGCGCAAGUUCACCAACCCAGUUGCGACUAUCCUUUUGAUAAGUGACUCCUCUACGUCGGACCCUGAGAGUGUUGAUUUCGUUGUAUCUCGCGCGGAGGCUGCCAAGGUCAGUAUCCACUCGUUUGGACUUGGCUUGACCCACAAACCGGACACUAUGAUCGAGCUUUCGACUCGGACCAAGGGUUCUUACCUCUAUGUGAAGGACUGGAUGAUGCUGCGCGAGUGUGUUGCUGGAUGCUUGGGUGCUAUUCAGACCACAUCUCAUCAAAAUGUCAAGCUGAAGCUCCGUCUGCCUGAAGGUUCCCCAGCCAAGUUUGUGAAGAUCAGCGGUGCUCUGCACACUACUAAGCGGGCUACUGGCAGAGAUGCGGAAGCUGCCCUUGGUGAUCUUCGAUUCGGUGACAAGCGUGAUGUUCUGGUCCAGCUUGUUAUCUCCCCUGACAACGCCACACAAGAUAACAUGCCCCAGGAUCCCUGGGAGAGCUUGGUUUCAGGAUUGGAGGCGCUGGGUGGUGGACCUGAUGGAGAGGAGCAACGGGUAGCCAGUGUGGAGGAGGUUCCGUUGAUCCAAGCUGAUCUCAAUUACGGUGAUAUUCUGCGUGAUGGCCAUCUUACCCACUCUCCUCGUCCGUCCCUUCUCGCCAUUACUAUGCUGCCACCAAAUCCCAAGGCUAGGAACCAGCGACCUAUGACUCCACCAAUUCCUCCUCAUCCUUCGAUCGUGCAACGACGUAUGGAGCUACUCACUUCUGAUAUGUUGACCCGAGCACUCACCCUCGUAUCACGAGGUCAACAUGACCGUGGUCAGCAUCUGCUGAAUGAGACCCGAAGUAUCCUUAAGGGCCUUGGCAAGGGUGGUCUACCCCCUCUUCCUCCUGGAGCUUCAAGACCUUCAGGCUCCAGUGACUCUGGUAGCCGAGGCGAUACCCCAUGUUCCGGCUCACCAAAGUCCUCUACCUUUGCAGAAAGUCAAGGCGGCGCCUCAGAUUCUGCCACCAUCACUCCCUCAUCUUCUGUUGAUACGCAUACCAUGAAUGCUCUCAAUGCAGACUUGGACUCUGCACUGGAGUGGAUCAACCACCCAGCUGUCUUUGGUCGUGAUUCCCGCAAAGCUGUUUUGCAGAGUAUUGGUGUUAUCUCAUCACAGCGCGCUUAUACAUACCGUACUCCAUCUGAAGCUCACUGGGCUCAACGAAUUGCGGGUGUUCGUCGCUUAACCGAUCGAUCCAAAGAUUGGCGUGAAAUGGGUGAUGAUGCCUUGACCGAGGAGUGA